AUGCUAAAACAUUGUUUUUCAAAGCAAGUCGAUACAUCUUUUUUAUUACUUACAAUGCAUUUUCGAUCAACUCUAUUUUUUGUUAUUCACAUUCUCUCAUCUUGCUUAUUGGUUAGUGGACUUACCCAUCCAAUUAAAAUUCAAGGUAAUCAUUUCAUCGAUGCAAUCACAAAUGAAACCUUCUUUAUUAAAGGUGUGGAUUACCAGCCUGGAGGAUCAUCGGCCGUGAGUGAAGAGUCAGACCCUCUUUCAAAUCCAGCAAUUUGCGCUCGUGAUAUAGCACUUUUUCAAGAAUUGGGAAUUAAUACUGUUCGGGUAUAUUCUGUAAAUCCUGAACUUGAUCAUAACGCAUGUAUGACCAUGCUUGCUUUGGCAGAUAUUUAUUUGAUUUUAGAUGUCAAUUCGCCACUUCCAAAUCAGCAUUUGAACAGAUAUGAACCAUGGACUACCUAUAACGACCAAUAUCUGCAGCACGUUUUCAAAGUUAUUGAACAAUUUAGUUACUACAAUAACACUUUGGGAUUUUUUGCAGGUAAUGAGGUUAUCAACGACGGUCUCUCAGCUAAAAGAUCACCAGCCUAUGUCAGAAGUGUAAUAAAUGACAUGAAACGCUACAUCAAAAAACACUCCCCACGCAUUAUCCCAGUCGGUUACUCCGCGGCAGAUGACCUGCGGUAUCGCAUUCCAUUAUCAUAUUAUCUGGGUUGUCAUGAUAGCGAAAAACCAGACUCGAAUGUCGAUUUUUAUGGUGUAAACUCUUAUCAAUGGUGUGGUGAACAAACAUUUUCAAGCUCCGGUUACGAUCAACUAGUUGCUGCAUAUCGGCAAUAUUCCAAACCUGUCUUCUUUUCUGAAUUCGGCUGCAAUAAUGUUUUGCCUCGAACGUUCUCUGAAGUUGAUGCUUUAUAUUCCGAAGAAAUGAUUCCCGUUUUUAGUGGUGGGCUAGUUUACGAAUUUACUCAAGAGCCAAACAAUUAUGGACUAGUUGAAGUUGGUUCUGGGGGCGAAGUGCAUUUACUAAAUGAUUUUCAAGUACUGAAAGAGAAAUAUGGUCAAAUAAACUCCACUGUUUUGCAUAAUUUGGCGUCGGGCAAUCUUCCAAACUCAAAUUUGAUGAAGCGAACCACCAGCUGUGAGAACAUAUAUGAGAACCUACAUACCGAAAUCAAUGUUCCUGAUACUUUCGCUUUCGAUUUGAUAGAAAAGGGUGUUAAAGUCAGGCAAGGAAAAUACAUUGACUUGCCUAGUGAUGAUUUGACUUCAAAAUUCAAAGUUUAUAACACAGGAGGUGAUCUUCACGAGGGAAUUAAAGAAAUUAAGCCCAAAAAAACCACUGACACAUCUACAAAACCUUUUCACGAAAAUUCUAAACCAUCCGGUGCCAAACCGAAUAGAUCAGUACGUGCUUUCAAGAGAAAGCCAGUUCUUGAAUGCUGCUUUUUGGCGUAUGUACUGUUAGAGUUUACUUAUCAAGUUGCGUGCUUGAUAUAUAGCUGA